GUGUAUAGGUACGCUGUAUGGCGUGAGCCGUGCAUGAAUAGUUAGUUACUGUUAGGUUGGGGUGCUUCGGUACUUUAUAUACUUUAUAACUGUAUGGUAUGGAGAGCAACUGUGCGGCUGUGCGCGCUUAGCUUGGACGCCAUUUUUUCGUUAGUUCCUGUGUACGCGCAAUUUAGUCCUGUAUACCGUCCUACGUGUACGUUUAUAGGUAUACUGUUUGCGACGCGCUUGUAUUAUAACCAAAGUUAUAACAUUACCGUGUGCCGUAUAUAGCAGUGCUCCGAAAACGAAAACUCGCGCUCCUCGACCAGCGACGCGAGAGGACGAGGAGAAGACAAAAUACAAGCAGGCAACAUGUCAUCACGUAAUUUCAUGUCGCUGCUGAAUCCCAGCUAUCUGCACGGCUCGUCCUCGACGACGAGCAACGGCACCCCAGUGUCAGCAGCCGCCGCGGCAGCAGCUGCUGCAGCUGCGGCCGUCUCCGCGGCUAUAGCCAACGGGACCGCGUUGGAUAAGUCCUCCACCAAGCGCGAGGCUGAUGGUAAGUUUGAAAAAGAGUCCAGAGAGGAACGCCGCAAACGUAGAAAGUCCAGGUGGGGUGGGAGCGAACAUGAAAAGACCUUCAUCCCAGGAAUGCCCACUGUUUUGCCGACCAACCUCACAGCAGAUCAGGAAAAGGCAUACUUGUAUCAGCUACAGAUUGAAGAGAUCAGCCGAAAACUACGUACAGGAGAUCUUGGGAUACCACUUAAUCCUGAAGAAAGGUCCCCAUCACCUGAACCAAUAUACAGUAGUGACGGCAAAAGGUUAAACACACGAGAGUAUCGGACAAGACGGAAAUUGGAAGAAGAGCGUCACAAUCUCAUUCAAAAGAUUUUAAAAAUUAAUCCUGAAUUUAAACCACCACCAGAUUAUAAGCCACCCAUUAUACGAGUUCACGACAAAGUCAUGAUCCCUCAAGAAGAACAUCCUGACAUCAACUUUGUUGGAUUGCUCAUUGGGCCGCGUGGUAACACAUUGAAAUCCAUGGAAAAAGAAACUGGAGCUAAAAUUAUAAUUCGAGGCAAGGGCAGUGUAAAAGAAGGAAAAGUAGGUCGUAAAGACGGACAACCUCUACCUGGAGAGGAUGAACCACUUCACGCUUACAUAACUGCCAAUAAUCUUGAAGCGGUGAAAAAAGCUGUUGAGAGGAUUCACGAAAUCAUUAGACAAGGUGUAGAGGUGCCAGAAGGCCAGAAUGACUUGCGUCGUAACCAGUUACGCGAGCUUGCUCUUCUCAAUGGCACGUUACGUGAAAACGAUGGUCCUCGCUGCACAAAUUGUGGUGCAAGCGAUCACAAAUCUUGGCUGUGCCCUGACAAACCUAACGUCACAAACAACAUUGUGUGUUCGAGUUGCGGUGGCGCAGGUCACAUAGCUCGCGAUUGUCGCUCGAAACGACCUGGCAUGGGUGGACCUGCAGCUGCCAGUAAUCCAGCUGGAGACAAGGCCAAAAUAGACGAAGAAUACAUGUCGCUCAUGGCUGAACUUGGCGAAGGUCCGCCACCCGAUCGUUCUAAAACUCAAAACACUCGUCCCGCUACCAGUACAGCUUCGAGUUAUCCUGGAUUAUUCGACCGACAACAGCAGCAGCCGCCACGUGCUCUUAUGGCAGCUCCAGCUCAUCCACCACCGGGCAUGAUGGCACCACCUAACGGACCGCCGCCCAUGAUGGCACCACCACCUCCAGGAAUAGCACCACCGCCUUGGUCACAGCCAGACAUGAGCAACAUGAAUUCUAUGAACAACAUGAAUAACAUGAACAGCAUGAACAACAUGAAUAUGCCACCACAGUGGGGUCAACCCCCAGUGAGCAUGCCACCUCCACCAGGAGUUAUGCAGCCGCCUCCUCCGCCUCCAGGGGCUUCAAUUCAGCAGCCUCAUUCUACGAUACCUCCGCUGAUGCCGUGGAUGACUCCGGGUAAUAACCAACCACCACCGCCGGGACAAGUUCCACCACCACCUCCAGUGCAGAUGCAGCCCCCACCACCGGCAGUGGGCAUUCCGCCGUGGCAGCAGCCGCCUUCUCAUCCCCAGCCACCAAGCGCACAAGCAGUUCAACCUCCCGGGGUGCAAGCUCCACCUCCUCAGCAACCUCCAAAUCCGGGGAUGCGACCGCCCGUACCACCUGGCACCAUGCCACCUCCGGGCUACCCACACCAAGGUCCACCAGGAUGGGGAGCACCCCAACAUCCACAGAUGCACGGUUGGCCCCCUGCUGGUCCUGUCCCCCCACCGCCUCAGCCCGCACCAGCACCAGCACCGCCGGGCAUCGAUCUCAAUAGUUUGCCGUCCCUGUUGGCGCAGCCGCCGCCUCCACCUCCGCCCACCAGCUAAUCGUUUUCUAAUGGGCUGCGGACAAAUGAUGAACAAUCAGUGGCGCCCACCUGUCUCGAUUUUAAGGAGACGCGUCGUGACGCCCAUUGAUAUGAAUAUUAAUUAUAAAUUCUAAAUCGUCGAUAAACGGGCGUCACAACGCGUCUCCUUAAAAUCGAGACAGAUGCGCGCAGACAUAAGUUCAGUAGCGUUAAAAAAAUGUUAUCACCGUUCAACAUAUAUUGUAAUGUAUUAAAAGCGUAAAAAUUUCAAUUUACGCACUUCAAUUAACUCUUACUAAAAAAAAUGUUACAUUAUAAAACGGUUUAUUUUCAAUUUAGUCGUUUUAUGAUGUCUUUAAGCAGAAUCUAGGCAUCAAUUUAGGUUUCAUCAAAAAUCUAAAUUAUUCAUCAUCAAUGGUUUUCACAAUGUAAGUUAUAUUUUUAGUCAUCUCAACAAUUAAUGUGCUACGAAGAGGUUAUCAAUUUUUCUUACAAUUUAAGAAUCAACCUUUUCUGUAAUAAUUAAAGUAUACUCUUAUUUUUACUAGCCUUAAAAUAAUAUAUAAUAGUAAAAUUAUGUUUUUCCUUCUAGUGCAAUUGUACAUAGUAGCAAUUAUAAUACAUUAAAUAAUGUAAAUUUAUUUUUUAAUCACUUGUGAGGAAUUUUAACUUGAUUGAAAUGUUAUAGAAUGAUUAUUGGUUUCCUAUCUAACUAAAUAACUAGAGCAUUUUUUUAUUCGGGUAUGCAUUGAUGAUUUAUCAUCAACUGUUAUAUUCAUUAUUUACUAGUGACACAAAUAAAAUGAUUUUUAACGGUUCAAUAAAGACAGUCAACAAA